GUGGGACGUGCCUGCGUCUGAUGGCUGGGCUAAGUUUUAAAAUCAUUAUAUUUUAAUUUUCCUUUGGCUAUUGAAGAAGAACGUGUUAACAUGGCUGCAGCGUUCUUAGUCAUGUUGUAUGAUUACUCCCCUCUAUUCUACAUCAGCGUUAUAUCGCUGUGCUUCAUCAUAACAGCGGCCAUGGUGGUGGGUUGGUUUGGAUUCGACGUGCCUGUCAUUCUGCGAAGCUCCGACGAGACAGAAUCGUUCCCUGUGGCACCGGAGAAGAGGAUGGUUCAGGUGACAAAUCCGUUUGCGCUAGACUUGGAUACAACAACAACCGCAGCAUCUGUUACUGAGGGUGCCACGCUGCGUCCCGGCUGCCUGGAGGAGUGUGUGCUGACGUGCUACUGGGGCUGCGGCAUCCAGGCCUUACAGCUGGCCCUCCAGAGCCACCAGCAGGGCCCCCGCCUCACCACCCCACACCUCUUCCAGGAGGCCCUCCACUUCCAGUACCACCACUGCCACAGCUUCAUCAUAGACAGAGAGAGCCAAGAGGAGCAGUUCGUCCAGAUCCCUGAAGAGCUGGCCAUCACAGACUUCGGCAAAAUGCCCAGAGAACGAUACCCCCUAGUGGCAGUCCUGACGCUAGCAGAACCUGAAGCCAGAGAGACAUACAACAUUGUAGCCAAUGUCACUGUGAUCCACCUACCCGAUGACAAGUACCGACUCCCAGCACGGAUCCUGUUUCAAUACCUCCUCACCAGCCAGGGGAACAUGUACGAUUUGAAGCCUCUCUUCAUGUCGUCUGAGAGCGAGGGGUCAUCCAGGGUGACAGAGCAGUCCGCCGGCACGGACUUAUCCCAGGUCAAAGCCCAAGCCCAAAUGCCUGGAGAGGAGAGGAAGGAGGAAGAGGAGGAUGUGGUUGCAGAUGCAGAUGCGGAUUCGGAAGAGGAGUCAUCGUCUAUGCAAGGGAGGGACUGUGUGGUGUGUCAGAACGCGCCAGUCAACCGCGUGCUGCUGCCCUGCCGCCACACCUGCGUGUGUGACAGCUGCAUGACGCGGAUGCAGCACUGCCCCAUGUGCCGUGCGUACGUCAUGGAGUCCUUUGCCCUGGCUCACAGGCCUGUGAUUUUCCCUGACGACGAGGAGGAAGAGGACGAAGAGCAGGAUGAUGACAAGGAUGAAGAGUGAUUUUAGUGGAGUAACUUUAUAUCAGAUGUGAUGAGUUAAGGUGAUUGGAGAAAAAAACUCCCAUCAGUCAUUGAGGGAAAUGGAGGGACUGGUAUUCUCUUAACCUAGAUCAGUGCACAGCCAGUGUUUCACGCUGCUUUAUGUAGUAGGUAAGACUAUCGGCAUGUCAGAGGAGGACAAGGACGAAGACAAUGGCAUUGAGGGCGGUAGACAACAAAGUAGGAGGAGGUAUUCAUUGACUCGAGACCAGAUUUACUGUUGAUCAUAUUUGACCAGUCAUUUGUGAGGAGGGUGCUUUUCACGGUCUCAUUUUUGAUCAGUGCAUUGCGUUGGCAGCUAGAUUGGCUCCUGCUGUAUUUAAAUGUUAUUGAAGAGCAUUAUGAUUUUAUCUAGAAUGAUGUCUAGGUUUUUAUUUCAGUUACAGGGUAUAUCGGAUUUGUUGUUUAGGCAUUUGUCUUGCAUUCCAUAGACUCACAUUCUAAGUGUUAGGACAACACCUCCUUUAUUUUGUUUGAAUGUAUUAUUUACUCAUGAGCUCAUGUGUAUUUUUGUUUGCAGCAUUAAUGUUAAUGUGUCCUCCUGAAGUUUAUUUAUUUGUAUAAAAGCUGUGAAAAACUUUGACAUUUGCAAUCUGAAGUGUUAAAACAAAACGAUCAAACAUCUUGUCCCAAGGUGUUAUAUGUACGUCUGUCUACGAUGCGUCUGUGUGUGGAUAAUAAACACAUAUCAGACUCAAAACAUGUCUUGUAUCACAAAUCUUUUAAUAAUGACAUGGUAAGACGGUAGCCAGGCACACAGCUUUCCUUUGAGGGCAGUUUGGGGAAAGAAGGGGCAAAGAUAUUACUAUUUUUUAUGAUAAUAUAAUAAUAAAAAAACUGUAUAUACUUGUCCCGAGGGCAAAACAACAAUAAUAAAUGUGAAUAUCAAUACCAUUUGGCAUGUAUCUGCUACUGUGUGGGAAGUCGCCUGAUGAUGACUUGCAAGAAAGAGCAUUUCUACAGCUUGCUAAACAGGGGGAGGAGGGAAAGAGGACUAUGGGACUAUGGUUUUAGCAACCUGAAAGAAGCAAAGACACAUGCCAAGAAAUUCAAAGUAAUAAAAAGAAAAAAAAUAA